GUACGUCACUAUAAAUAUAUAGAGAAGAAUCAUAUGAAAGAAUAACCAAGAAAAAAAAACAAGAUAAAGAAAAAAUGGGUAGUGAGAAUGAAAUGAUUCCAUGUCUAGAUUUUUCCAAGUAUGAUUUAGGAGUAGUUGAUCAAGAAGGGAGUGAGGAGUGGAAAAAAAUGAGCAAAAAAGUGAGAGAAGCAUGUGAGAGUCAUGGUUGCUUCAUCAUAAUGUAUGAUGAGAAUAAGAUCCCAAAGAAUUUAUGUGAAAACAUGUUCAUAGGGAUGAAAGACUUGUUUGAUUUACCUGAAGAAAUUAAGAGGAAACACAUAAGCUCUACACCUUUUAGUAGCUACACUAGUGAUGAUCCCAAAAUUCCUCUAUCUCAAACCUUUGGGAUUGAUGAUGCUUCUCUUGGAGAUAAUGCUUUGGCUUUUACUAAUCUCAUGUGGUCUCAAGGAAACCCAACUUUCUGUGAGACAAUGAAGACCAUGAGUUACAAGAUGCUUGAAUUACAUUCCCUCGUUCUGAAGAUGAUCAUAGAUGGUUAUGGUCUUCCAAAACAAUACACUUCAACCAUUGAAGAAUUGAAGAGCCGUAGUAGUUUUCGAUUGAUGAAAUACAAAGUUCCUGAAAUCAACAAAGAUUAUGAAACUGCCUUAGUAUCUCACACUGACAAAAAUACCUUAACCACUUUAUGCCAAAAUGAAGUCCAAGGUCUUGAGGUUCUUACUAAAACAAACCAAUGGAUUAGAUUGAACAUACCGCAGGGAGGCUUUGUUGUCAUUGUUGGUGACACACUCAAGGCAUGGAGCAAUUGUAGACUUCAUGCAGCUGCACACAAAGUGACGAUGUGUGGAGAUAAAGAAAGGUAUUCAUUUGCACUAUUUUCCGUCCCAAAGAAAGAUGUGAAAAUUGAGGUGCCACAUGAAUUGGUGGAGGAUAAAAUGCAUCCUCUUCAUUACCGGUCAUUCAAUUAUGAUGAUUACUUAGACUACGUCGUGUUAGGUCUCAAAGAAAAUAAAGAAAUUAUUACACUAGAGGCAUUUUUAGGUGUUUGAUUGAUGUAUAUGAAUAUAUA